CAAUCAUGGGCUGAAAUCCGGGGCACACAGGUAUGUGCUCGACAAGGAUGAUGAGGCAAUAUGGCCAUGAUAGUGCAUGAUACUAUUACUCCAUAAGCCACUUCAUGAUACUCCACGGUACGACAUCACAUUAAUAAUCCUUUGAUUUGUCAUCAGCCCCAAGGCAUUCUGUAUACAGAAUACUUAAGGUUCUUACCUCGUGAUGCUAGGCAGCGCCCAUCAAUUCCCUCGCACCCAGCUAAGAGUCUAAAUCACAAACCAUGACGUACGAAAUAAUCGAUAAUAUCGCGGCCAAAGGCGUAUCUUACUACACGCCGGCCCAGGAUCCUCCUGCAGGCACGCAACUCGAGGGAUCAGUCAAGUUAUUCAGCCCUAUCACCAUCCGCGGAGUGACGUUUCCCAACCGCUUGUUCCUGGCACCGCUCUGUCAAUAUUCCGCGAAGGAUGGCUACGCCACGGAUUGGCACUUAACGCACCUGGGCGGGAUCAUCCAGCGCGGCCCAGGGUUGGCAAUCAUGGAGGCAACCGCCGUCCAGAAAGUGGGUCGGAUCACCCCACAGGAUCUUGGCCUCUAUGAAGACGGUCAGAUCGAGCCAUUGAAGCGUAUUACGGAGUUUGCCCAUAGCCAAAGCCAGAAAAUUGCGAUUCAAUUAGCUCACUCCGGCCGGAAAGGUAGUGCCGUUGCUCCUUGGUUGAGUGGAAACGCGAUGGCCGUUAAAGAAGUUGGCGGGUGGCCCGAUGAGAUUGUGGCCCCAUCGGCAAUUCCCCAGGAGGAGGGUAUCAACACCGUCCCUAAGGCUCUGACUAAGGCAGAUAUCGAAGUGCUAAAAAAAGACUUCGCAGCAGCUGCGAGAAGAGCUGUUGACGCUAAUUUUGACGCUAUUGAGAUCCACGCUGCCCAUGGGUAUCUGUUGCACCAGUUUUUGAGCCCCGUGAGCAACAAAAGAACCGACGAAUAUGGAGGCAGUUUUGAAAACCGAGUUAGACUGGUACUGGAGAUUGUGGAUGAGAUUCGGGCUGUUAUCCCAGAAACAAUGCCUCUCCUUGUUCGGAUCAGUGCGACUGACUGGUUCGAGUUUGGCCUCGAGGACGAGUUUCCUGAGAGCUGGACUGUUGAUCAAUCCGUACAGCUCGCCCCCCUCCUGGCUGAUCACGGUGUCGAUUUAGUGGAUGUCAGCUCCGGUGGUGUUCACGCCAAAUCUGCCAUCGCCAUCAAGCCAACCCCUGCUUAUCAGGUGCAUUUUGCUCAAAAGAUUAAGAAGGCUGUCGGCGAUAAAUUGCUGAUCUCCGCUGUGGGCGGUAUUAAAACAGGAGCGCUGGCCGAGGAAGUGGUCCAGUCUGGCAUUGAUGCUGUCCAAGCCGGACGGUGGUUCCAACAGAACCCAGGCUUAGUUCGUGCUUUUGCGAACGAGCUCAACGUGAAGGUGCGGAUGGCCACCCAGAUCGAUUGGAGUUUCGAGGGGCGCGGAAAGGGCAAAAAGCGCUCUUGAUAAAACAUUCGACAAUAGAGGAUAAAUGCUAGGGAAUAGAUCGUAUAAAUAAUGAUUAAAUGAUUCGAAGAAUUUGAUCAAGUAUCUCCCGCCUGUAGAUCUGGGUAUAAGUCUAUUUUAGCAGAAAUACCUCGAGUAUCUGGCGGCUCAUGCACCUACGAAAACGGUAUCUUGCAGUUGGUGGUUGGUGGAAGGACCUUGGGAGCUACCCUAGAGUAUAAGUAAACCAGUAUAUAGUAACGAACAGUUGAGGUGAGGCAGACCAACACGCGGAAGAAUCACCUGAUUUCCGGACUGAUUCCUUCCCUUCUUGCACGGUUGCUAGAAUCUAUUCUUGCUUGGAUUCACAAUCUCCCCAACGCUAACUGUGAACCACACCGACUUUGCCAUUUACUUGAAAGCUACACUAUGUACCAACACUGAGGUAAGUACUAGAUAGUUCCCUAAAUCUACCUACAGGGUACUUGAAAACUAAAUCACAAAUAGAAUGAUUCACUGUGUCUU